AUGCCUACAAUCAAUCAAUUAUUACGAAAAAAAAGCUCUAGACAAGCUCCAAAACUUAAAAGUAAAAAACCAGCAUUAGCUGGAUGUCCUCAAAAAAGAGGUGUAUGUUUUCGUGUAUACACACGAACACCUAAAAAGCCUAAUUCAGCACUAAGAAAAGUAGCAAAAAUUCGUCUAUGUAAUGGAAUUGUAGUUAUUGCUUCUAUUCCAGGUGAAGGCCAUAAUCUUCAAGAACAUAGCGUAGUAUGUAUUCGAGGUGGUCGUGUAAAAGACUUACCUGGAGUGAAAUACAAAGUAGUUCGUGGUCGAUUAGAUUUACAAGGGGUUAUUUCUAGAAAACAAUCUAGGUCACUCUAUGGAACACCAAAAAGUAAAGCAUAA